AUGUCGCUGACCAAGCCGUGGAACCGGUCCUCGCUGUCGCAUCUCCGCCAGCGGUACAGCUCCGAGCCGGCCACGGCUCACCUCCGAGCAUCGGAGAGCCCCACUCGCUGCCAGCCGCUGCCGGGAGACUGCAGUGAGAUUCAUGAUAAUGACAACAGUCGACCCAGUGGAGUGUACACCAUCUAUCCCUCCGGAUCCCGUAAUCCUGUCCAGGUGUACUGUGACAUGGAUUCAGAUGGAGGACGGUGGACGGUGUUCCAGAGGAGGAUGGACGGCUCAGUGAACUUCUACAGGGGCUGGGAUCAAUACAAGACCGGCUUUGGUAUCGCUGCUGGAGAGUACUGGCUCGGUCUCUUCAAUCUCUUAAACCUGACUAACACAAAAAGGUGUGAACUGCUGGUUGACAUGGAGGACUUUGAAGGACACAAAGCGUUCGCCCGUUACUCCUCGUUCAUCAUCGAGAAUCCGUUCGACUACAAACUGCAUGUUUCUGGAUUCACUGAUGGAGGAGCAGGUGAGGUUUCCACAUUAAGGACGAGAAUUUCAGCCAUUAAUGUUGUGGAGUCGUCUCUUGCAGCUGGAAAUCAGAGGCAGAGGGACAGUCACCGCAGCGUUCACUAA